UCAUAAAAUGGUCUAUACCAAUGACCUCGCGACUACGUCCUUCAUACAAGAGAAGCUUGUAGUAGUUAGUUGGUUGGGUUUAAAAUUAUUCAGGAAUCACUGUAGUAAAGCAAUUAUGGUUAACCUAGUUGGCAUGGUGCGGGAGCACUGGGCUGCCGUUUUGGUUCCCUUGGGCUUCGUAAUAGGAUGGUACUGGGACCGAAAAAAUGAUGAAAAACUGACUGCAUUCAGAAAUAAGAGUGUUCUCUACCACAGAGAGCUGAAGCCUGGUGAAGAGGUAACAUGGAAGUAACACACCAGAUAAUCUGUGAACAAUGUAUUUAAUAAAUGUACAUUAUUUAUCAGA